AUGAAAUUUGGACAAGAAUUGCAAGAGAAUAUAUACGAACCUUGGCGUCUGGAAUACAUUGCUUACGACGACAUCAAAUUAGACAUCAAAGAGAGGCAACAAGACCAUGCAUGGAAUGAUUCUGAUGAAAAGGACUUUGAGACAGCCUUGCGUUUAGAAGCAGACAAGGUUGAUUUCUUUAUCAACAGAAAGCAGAGAGAAAUUGAGUCUCGCUUGGCCUAUUGCGAGAGAACAUUGACUCAACAAAGCAAGAACAUAUCACCAACAGUUGCCAGAAGUUUGUAUGAUUCAACAGACGACGCCUUGACUGAAAUCUUGAUGGAUUUGAAUGAUCUCUCCAAAUUCACUCGUUACAACUUUUUGGCUCUGCAAAAGCUCAUCAAAAAGCAUGACAAAUAUACAAACUACAAUGCUCAGCCAUUAUUUGUGGACAUCAUUCGCUCGAAAUCAUUGGAUAGACAGAGAUUUGAUGUGGCUCUUGUUAAAAUCUCAACCCUACAUGAUCUUUGUCAGCUACAUGGUGAGGCAAGAUCUGGUAAUGCUGCUGCUGGUUUGGACCAAAACGCUUUUGAACGUGCAACUGCUAAAUAUUGGAUUCACCCUGACAAUGUGACGGAACUGAAAGCCAUCCUGCUAUUCCACCUGCCUGUGCUUGUGUUCAACGCUGACAAGCCCAUUGAACCUGAGGAUAGUGCCAUCUCGAGUGUUUAUUUUGACAACCCUGACUUUGAUCUCUAUCAAGGCCGUCUUCAACGAGAUGAAUCUGCUGAAGCUAUCCGUUUUCGCUGGUAUGGUCCAAUGGAGUCGAAUAGUAUCUUUAUUGAACGCAAAACACAUCAUGCUCCUUGGUUGGAUGGCGCUUCCGUCAAAGAUAGAUUUCGCUUGGAUGCUGACAAAGUCGAUGCGUAUGUUGCUGGUACAUACACUGCUGAUCAAUAUGCACAAGAACUUAGGGACAAAGGCACUCCGGAAGAUGUGGUCAAGGCCAACUACUUUAUUGCUUCUGGUGUUCAAAAAUCCAUCACAGAGAAGCAUUUAGAACCUGUUAUGCGAGUGUUCUACAAUCGCACUGCUUUCCAGAUUCCUGGCGAUCAACGUCUUCGUAUUUCCCUGGAUACAGACCUCACUUUUGUGCGUGAAGACGGCAUGGAUGAAAGAAGAAAAGGUGCCUGGCGUCGGCCCGAUAUGGGCAUAGAUUAUCCGUUCAACAACUUGAACCCUGCCGAGGUUUACAAAUUCCCUUAUGCAGUACUUGAAACUAAAUUACAAACCCAUCUCGGCCAAGAACCUCCUCAAUGGCUUACCCGCUUAUUAGAGUCUCAAUUAGUCUAUGAGGUUCCCCGCUUUUCAAAGUUCCUGCAAGGUGCUGCCUUCUUCUGGAACCCACGUUUACCUCUUUUACCUUGGUGGCUAAAUCAAUUGGAGUUGGACAUUCGUAAUGCCAAGCAGCCCACUGGCAAUUUCACUGGUCUCUCGAGAUCCAAGAGUCUAAAGCCCUUGAUUGAUGGUAAAUACCGCAUGGGUUAUCUCGAAUCACAACUUGAACGCUCUUCUACUCUGAAACGUGCUCCAAGUACCAACAAAAAGCCUGCUGCCGCUUUGGUGCGUGGCAUGUCGACGCGAUCCACCAAAAUGCCCCGUAGCAGCGAAACCACUCCCUUGGGCGGCAGUAUGCCAUUAACACGUGCGUCUACUACUGGCAAUACACCCUCACCGUCGUCUGAAUCACCUGUCAUGGGCAAGAGAGGCAGCAAUCCAUUCGAUGAUCCUAUUUGGUCUCAACACGACAUCUCGUACGACAACAUUACGUUGGGUGCUCGUGGCUCGUAUGCUGGAUCCGGAUCCAUGUCCCGUAACCGACCCGACAGUCGUCGCCAUGAUUACCUCGAUACCUCUUCCACUGAAUUCCUGAUGAGUGGAAAACAAACGCCACGUUCCUCCUAUGUACAAAAUGAAAAGCACAUGUCAACUGAUAAAUUAGGUGAAGAAGCCCGGCUCAAUGCUUACUUUGAUGAAGAUAUCAGUGCUUUAGAAGAAGGUAAUUCUGGUGAAGAGAUGACUGAAAAAAAGAAAAAGAAGAAGAAGAACAAGAAGGACAAGGAAGAUGAUGGUGCUCGUAUUGAACCCAAAGUGUUCUUUGCUAGUGAACGUACAUUUAUUCAUUGGCUUCAUUUUGCUGCUAUCAUUUUAACUGCUGCUUUAACCUUGUUAAAUUUCGGUGAUAAUGUCAACAGAAUUGUCGGUGGUGUGUUCUUUGGUAUUUCUCUGAUAUUCGCUCUAUAUGCUUUUGGUUUCUACAGAUGGCGUGCAUAUCGUAUCACCAACAUGCCACAUUUACGUUUCGAUGAUAUCUAUGGUCCUGUAUUUUUAUGUAUUUUAUUGAUUGGCGCCUUAGUGCUCAACUUUGCUUUAAGAUUCAAUAGUCCACCCACAAACACUGGCUACUUGGGUAUCAAUAGCACAGACUCUUCCUCUAAUAAUGGUCUCUAA